AUGAGACUUUCUAUACCAUUUAGACGUCCAAUUCGUCUAUCGAACAAACUUACAUUCCGAGGAAAUUUUAUUACGAGCGCAGUAAUUAAUCAUGAGAAUCCGUUGGAGACUUCUCAAAAAGAGACUCAAACCAAAAGACAAAUUGAUAUGGAAGCUCGCAUGCGUCGUGGCUUACCAACCAAAAGACCAAUUCAUGGUGUCAAGCAUAUAAUCGCCGUAGCUUCAGGUAAAGGUGGUGUUGGUAAAUCCACGUUGGCUAUAAAUCUUGCGUUGGCAAUUGCAUCUUUUCGUCACCGCGUUGGUAUCCUAGAUGCAGAUAUAUUUGGACCUUCUAUACCUCGUUUAUUAAAUUUAAAAGCGGAACCUCAAACGAACGAAAAAGGAGAGUUGAUUCCACUUGUAAACUAUGGAGUGAAAGCAAUGUCUAUGGGUUUCAUUAUAAGUGAAGAUUCGCCAGUUGUAUGGAGAGGACUUAUGGGAAGUUUUUAA